AACACUGGUGGUUUGAAAAAGUCAUGUCCAAAUAUUAUAUUAUAAUUAAUUUUUUUAUUUACUACAUUAAAAAGUAAGAAUGGACACUGAGACGAUUUUACAGGCGAUCAGGGAACACGCUACGACCGAGGUGAUGGAAUUCGAUGAGCUCAUUCCAGCCAGUGGCAGUCUCCUAAAAAAAUUAUCCCAGCAAAGAUCGGAUUACAAAUAUUGUGACGUCACUUUAACAGUGAACAAGACCCUCAUCAACGUUCAUCAGUGCGUCAUGGCGGCUGCCAGUUCCUACUUUGAUCAGAUGUUUAUCAAUCUGAAAGAGAAUUUAGAUUCUGACAAUAAUAACAAAACUUCUAAAAAUAAUAAUGGCCCCACUAACGAUCUUGAAAUUAGUGCUCGAAAUCCGGACGCAUUCAUGAUGAUGAUUGACUAUGUUUACUCAGGCCAGAUAAAAAUAACCUCAGAGAACAUUGCAGACAUCAUUGAUUUAGCCACUCAGUUCUCCAUAUCUAAGUUACAAGAUCUUUGUAGCAGGUAUUUAAAACAAAAUAUAAAUGACAAAACAUGUUUUUACAUCCAUCAUCUAGCUAAACAGCAUAACUUAUCAUCACUACUCAACAUGAUUGACAGUUAUGUUUUUGUCAAUAUAAAUAGACUGGUUCAAUCGGGGUUGUACCUAGAUAUUACACUACCCAUGUUGGAAAUCUAUCUAGGUAGGUCAGUUCCUCUUACCGAAAUUCAACGUUUGGAUGCAAUAUUUCAGUGGAUUGAGCAUAAAUUUAAUGUGAGAAAAGAUUGCUUGCCCAUCUUAUUAAAGUUGAUUCACUGGUCAGCAGUGGAUGAUGAUGUGAUAAAUAAGCUGUUGCUUCAGAAAGAAUAUUUGAUGAAUAAUGAAUGGAUGUGUUUUCAUCUGUUACAAAGUUUGAACAAUUCUGACAAGUUGUUUCUCAGCUUGAAGGAGAAAUUUUCCCAAUUGAGAGAUGUUUUCUUAAAAAUUAAUGAUACCGUACCAAAAGUUGUUUCAACGAGUAAUGAUGCAACCAGGCCAGAUCAUGCAGAUGAAAAUAAUUUUGAUGAUGCAUCUGAUGAUAAUGAUUCGGAUGGAGUACCAGUUGUGAAUGCUGCUGAUGUGGAAAAAUCUUCAUCUGCUGUCAGGAGAGAAAGUGCGAGGAUUGCUCUCCGGGUUAAUUCUGAUAUUCAGUGCAUCAAUCAGAAAUCAAAAAGUUUAAAACGUAAAAAUGUAAUAGCCUCAUCAUCUGAUGAAGAUGAAGGUAACAAUGACUUAUCAAGAAGAAUCAAAAAGUCAAAAUUUGUUAAAAAUAAAGAAAACACCUUACAACUAAGCAAAAAAACCAGAUCAAAAUAUCAGAAAAGAAAGAAAAUAACAUGUACAGAGUGCCCAUUCAUAGCAUACAAACCUGAAAAAAUGAAUCGACAUAUAUCAGUUGCACAUAAAGACUCUAAAAAAACAUACACCUGUGAUCUGUGCCAGUUUAAAUGCAAAUGGAACCGACAGUUCUACAACCACCUUCGAAGUCGACAUUUCAAGGGUCCUCCGUACCACUGUGAUAAAUGUGGUUACAAAUCUGGCAGCAUCCAAUCAUUGUUACUGCAUAGAAUUGAUCAUUUAGAUAAGAGGCCACAUGUCUGUGACCUUUGUGGGGCAAGUUUCAAGGUCAAAAGUGUUCUCGAUGCCCAUGCUAAAACACAUUCUGGUGAAAGAGCCUACAAAUGUACAGAAUGCAGUAAAUGUUUCUCUACAAAAGGGACACUUACACAACACAUGAGCUCUCACAACAGUCACAGGCCCUUCCUAUGUGAUCUCUGUGGAUUCUCUACUAAAUAUCAGUCACACCUCAAAGCUCAUUCUAGAUUGCAUACGGGUGAAGUUUUCUACUGCCAAUAUGAGGGCUGCACUUACAAGACCCCCAAGAGAAGUCAACUGGCCUGCCACCAACGCACCCACUUGAACUUACGCAACCACACGUGUGACGUCUGUGGACGAAGUUUCUUGGAACGCAGCCACCUCGUUCGCCACAAACGCCUGCAUUCAAGCGAGCGACCAUUCGCCUGCGAGAAGUGCGGCUACUCCAGCACCAGACGUGAUAAGUUGAAGGAGCACCAGAAAAAAUAUCACGACGAAAAUGUAGACGGUGACGAAGGGGCUCUUCAAAAUAAACGAGCUUACCGACCGCGAAAGUCAAAGGUGAGUUCAGGUGGCCCUGAUGUUAACUUUAAUGUGAAUAACAAAAAAGUUGUUGGCGCCAGAAAGAAAGGGACUAAAAAGUUUAUUGAUGUUGGAAAUGAUUUAGUUGUUGAGUCCUUGACACCCAGUAACAAUAAUAACCUCUUGACUAAUGAGCCACAUGUUUCAAACAUUCACACAUCGUCAGCACCACCACCAAAUAAUAACAGCUUACUACCUUCUAAUACCAUCCCAACUUCAAUUUCCUCCUUACCACACGUUAAUGAUGCUACUAUGGUCGUUGAUGUUAGCAACACUAACAAAUAUUUUAACAAUGCUGACGUUAACGUUCACGCUCGUAUUAACGACGAUAAUGUUAAUGCCAGCAUUCACAUGAAUAGCGGUAUUAUUAAUGUCAGCAGCUACACCAGCAACACUCCACAACAAACUCUUCUAACAUCAAUCAAUCCUCUUAUCACUAUCACUUCAACUACUGCUACCGCAAAUAAUAAUGAUAAUGCUAACAUUAAUAUCAGUAACAGCAAUAGCAUCAACCAACCAUAUGCAAAGCCAAUACAGAUAGACACGAAUAUUGACAACACUAUCGUUCAUAAUCUCUUCAAGAACAAUGCUAAUAACUACCCUGUCGUAGGAGGCAAUACACGUCUGCCAUCUUACGAGCAUACGCAUCAUUUUCAUUCCUUCUCUUCCUCCCAUUAUUCCUCCUCUUCCGGCGUCUCUAACGACCCAACCGGAUCUUCAGGGAUUUCGGACAUGGCUCCGUCUACAAAUUUGAUGAUUUCUCCAUCUACUAACAAUUUUUCCUCACCUGGAAAUAACUCACAGAAUUUGGACCUGUCUCCUUCAACUUUGGCGAACGUAUGCACGAAUAUUUCACCUGGACAGUCAACUACUUCCGGUCUUAGUAACUUGAAAGGUUUGAGUCCUAACAAGAGCAUUAACAGUGGGAAGAGUUUCACCGAUAGUUGUGUUGUCAUGGGAGAUGAUGACGACGACGACGACGAUGAUACAGAGGCUGACGUGACUGUCUUGUAUCUGUCUGAUGGUGACGAUGAUAAGGUAGCAUUGUUGAAGAUUAAAAAUCCACGCCCAGGUGCAGCUGAAAAAAGUUCCUCAUCUGCUUUUCAAUCAAAAUUAGAACAGCUGAAAGCUAAAAAAUUAGUGAAAGAAAGGUUACAGAAUUAUUUGAAGACGAAAACUGAUUUAAGUUCCGUUUCAAGUGUGAGUGCCAAUCUAAUCAACAAAUCUAACAAUGUCACACAGAAAAGAGAAAAGAAAGUUUUUACGGUAACCAAAAAGAUUUUUGCUUCUUGCAUACCUCCAAGAACAUUCUCUACCUCUCAUGUUGUUCCUGCUAACAGAUCCAACUUUCCAUUGAAUGUUGGCGCUAACAAUCCAGUCAGAAAUGAUUCGAGCAAUGCCGCUGUCAAUUUUGUCUCUACUAAUGUAAAUGUACAUUCUCAAUUCAAUGAUGGUUCUGUAAAUUCAUCAUCGUCCGAUAUCAUGAAUUCAUUUGCUGGUCAAUCAAAUGCUUCAGAGGAGUUUGUCUCGAUAGUCAAAUACAGAGAAAACUGAUAUUUUUUUUAUUUUUUUUUCAAUUUUUCUUAAAUUAUUUCAAAUUUGUAUUGUUUUGUUUCGCUUGUUCGCUUGUAUAUAUAUGGCAUUUUGUACACGUUAUUGACCAUUUUUAAAGAAGCCUGUGUUUUGUGUACAUGAGUUUUUUAUCUUUCAGGUAAACAUUUUUCUCAGAUUUAUUUUUAAUAACGACAUUCUUCGUUUUCAUAACUGAAUAGCAGCUAAGUUUUAUACUUGUAAUUUUACAUUUUAAUAAAAUAAUUAAUUCCG